AUGGCUGACUUGACACUACUGGAGGCUCUCGAAGCCUUCCAUCACGAGCUUGUUGCCGUACAAGAGGGCCGCUCCGACCCAGGAGAGGUCUUGGCCCAAGAUGAGCUCGUACAAGCUUUCGAGAGCGAGCUGGAGAGAUUGUGGUCGCGACCCUCAAAGAACGAAGCAAGCCGAGGCAAGCUGAAGUCUGGGAAAAUCACCUUUGGCGACGCCGAGUACUCUGUGAACGAAGAUUUCCAGCAAACAGCCCUGAGCUUUUCGGACGAAGUUGAUCUCGACGAGCUUGUAGCAUCGCAAUAUUUACUUGAGUCACAAGACGAUCCAUCACUCCUCGGACGUUCUCUACUUGAAUGUGCUUUGAUUCGGUUUCAUCGACAAAGGCGAUACGUGCUUGAUAUUCUCAGGCUUAUGCUCGAGUUGGAAUCCGACGAGGAGGAUCUGGACGAUCCAAGACAAGAUACGCAUCCGAUCAAGAUCUAUGUCGGCGAACGACUAUUUUCUUCUGGUCCUGGUUCGGCAAGCCCUGGGAAUGAGAUAGUCCCUAGGUGUCUCGCAACCAUGGGCAACAUCAAGGCAUGGCUUCAAAGGCUUGGGGAUAAGAUAACUGCGGCACAGACCCUUGGGAACACGCAAAACCCGGGCCUGUCUGAAGAAGCUGAGACGGUCGAGUUUUCGAGAAUUUCUCUGAUUCAACAACACGAACUGCUUGGCGUCAUCCUCGCCCGAUGCGUAUCAGCACACCAGGCCAAAUCUACUCACUUUGUCGAAUUCAUAGAAACACUGCGCAAAGUCGAUAAAUACGACUACCUUUUAAUCCAUUUGAUGCCCGCAACCGGGGCUUACAUCUCCGUGUUUGGGUCUGUUGUUGGCGGACACGAUCUCAUCGAAGUUCGACAGUUAAACAACAAGCUUUUCCCCUACACAGAUGAGCCUACAUGGGCACUCUCAUAUCUUCAGGCUGCCGUCCGCGCUUGGUGGCUUGCUGAAUACAGCGGAUUUUAUUUAGAUGAUCCCCCAGAGUCUGCUAUCCCUCCUAAUACUAAUUUGGACGAAGAGGACCGACAACGGUCGAAACAGUUCCUGGACUCUUUGAAAGAUGGCGCUUUUGAUUUCCUGCUGUCAUUAGCUGGUGAUGUCAAGCCCCUGGAUUGGCACGAUCCAGUGCGAGCCGGAAUGCACAGAUGGCUGCAGCGAAAAUCUCCAAAUUUGGGGCUUGAUGCCAUCCAAUUUUCGGACUUCUUUCAACUUAGUCUUAUGACCAAGUUUGAGAUUUUUGUCGACAGCUUCAUUACAAAUCUGCCUGAUGUCCUGCGGAAGUUGAGAGUCGAGGAAGAUGAGCAACGUCAAUUGAGUCAACUACAUGAGCAAGACUUGGAUCUAGAACGGUUUUUGCUUAUCAUUGCUUACGCCUACGAAGGUCGGCCCACGGCGCAAUUUGAUUUUUGGGCCGAUGGUGAGAGUAACCUCAAUGGCUUCCUCCACUGGGCGUCACGAAGGGCAUCUACCCCAUUGGUGACUGCCUUCUGUGAAAUGUUGCAGGCAAUUUCAGGAGACGAGAACUGUGCUGAACAAGCCCACAAGUUCUUACUGGAGGAAGGUCACCACUCGUCUGGCAAAUUGAGGAGAUUGCAAUCUUUGACCUGGAACCAGAUCUUCAGGGAGCUCACCUUUUUUAUGGAUAAAGCCAAACAGAAGCCAGCCCAGUCUCAGACAGUUCGGUAUCGUGGUGGCAAGCCCGCGCCCGACUUUGUUGAAACUGAACCAGAAUCAGCCAUGAUGCUGGAGUCAUAUCUUCGGCUCAUAUCUAAACUUGCCACCGAGAGUGAAGAAACUCGUACAUUUCUUCUACAUAACCCGUCGUUCAAUCUUGUCGAGACCAUUUUGGAACUUGCCAGCACCCCGAUCCCGCCAGCACUACGUGGUUGCGCGUUCAUGGCGCUCAAAGCCCUCAUGGCAAGAAAAACCACCCAGGAGGGCGCCACAAUGUGGAACUGUCUGGAUAUGUGGAUAACGGGUGGUUACGUGACUUCGCCCGCGGGCACGCUCCGCCAAACUCCUUCGUCGCCUAUGAUGUCGAUGGAGAGGACGUUUGAUGAGAUCAGCAGUGGUUUUGAUGAUCCGGAAUCUUUCAUUCAGCUGCUGCUCAUCCUCGUGUCGCCCUCGAUUGACAGCAGCCCGCUAAAUGAUGCUCUUCCAUUUCCCGAGAAUCUCGGUAGUGCUUUUCGGGCCCCAGGAAUCGAAGUCUACAUCGACUAUGUUAUCGGUCUUGUCCUCGCAUCAAAGACGAACGAUUUGGCAGAUAUCAAUCAGACUCGGGUAUUGAGGCUGGGCUGCUUGGAUUUUAUGCUAACUUGCCUAGCCUCCUUCAAUGAGGAUCUGAUUGUAAUGGCAAAUGACACCAGCCUCAUGAUUGACUCUAUUAUUGCAGCUUCUGACCUGGCCACAUACGUGAGAAUGCAUCCAUUUGCUCGAGUGAUGGAAUGGAUGUACAACGAAAAGGUCCUUGCUGCGCUUUUCAGCACCAUCCACCAAGAACAAAUUGACGUUGGGAAUGCUGCCCCUGAUUCCCCCCUGAUCCUGGGCAUUAUACGAGCUAUUGAGGUCAUCUCCAAAGUGUUAGACCUGCAAGCCACUUAUAUCAACCUCGUCAAGCCUAUCAUCAAGCAACAGUCGAGCCAGUUGCGGCAACCUGCCACAAAGCCAUCCUACGCCUCAUUCGAAGAUGGUCUAUUGACCAGACUUAAUCUGGUGGUAGACCUAGGAAACUAUAUUGGCAUUGGACAUCCGGAGUUGACUCUAUCAUGUCUCAACCUGCUCCAGAAAAUGUCAUCAUCGUCAAAAAUUUCAGCCAUAUGGUCCGGGUCUAGCCGACAAAACCACCGGAAUAAAGCCAUCGUCGCGAUGGAGGCCAAUGGCGAGCAUGAAUCGAUAUCUCGAGCUUUCAUUUCUGAGCUCAUGUCGCCCCUAGAUGCUGGCCGCGAAGCCGAGUCUUCCACCUACAUGACAAAGAUCUACAUUCUUAACUUCUUAAUCGAAUGUCUUCAGCAAUCAAACCGAAAGCCGACAAUCGCCCACCUCAUUCUAGGUUUCAAAUGCGGUGUGGAUUCUCUCUCCGUCGAAGCUAACAGCUUAUUCGACACGAGGACAUCUUUAUUUCACAGCUUGCUUAAGCUACUAAUGGAAACUCCCUCUGGGGAUGCACAAGGCAUCCGACGAUGGCUCGUGGCCUUGAAAACUCGUGCAAUGCGCGUGUUGAGAAUUCUCUGGGCGGCACCUCUCUCGUCCUCUUUCGUUAUUGAGGAGUUACGUGAAAACGAGUUUCUAUUUCACCUUCUCGUCCGGGAAACCGUCAUACUGCCCGGGCUCCCUUGGGAAGGUGAAAAUAUUGAGGAGGUUGCUUUCCCAGUCACUGAUGGCGCAGCUGCGUUGCUUGAUUUCUUAUCAUUACGCAGCAUGACUCUCGAGUAUAUUGCCAUGGAACUAUGUAUGAUAUCUCAGGGCAGAAUGCCAAGCGUCAAGCGACGUAUCUUCGAAGCGCUGGGUGGUCAGGUUCUUGGGGACAAUAACGAAACCAUCAAGACGCCUACAGUAUUUGAUCUUCUUGAUUUCCAGCUGCCGGAUGAGGCCUGGCGAAUCGGGGCCCCGGCAUUGAACUUCUACCGGAACAUCGACCUCUCGAUAUGUUUGGAAACAGAUGCCGAUUCAAAUUCCAUUUUCAACGUGGACCAAGUGCGUGAGGUUCUGCUACUCAAACGUAAUGAACCGAAAUCUCAAGGUACAAUCAUUACAGCAGAGGAGCUCAAGGCUAUUGAAAAUGAGGAAGCUGAAAUCAUCGACUACAUCGUUUCCACCAACCGCCAGAAGCAACUUGAGACGCAACGACUUAGCGUCCUUGGAACUUGGAUCAGGCUUUUACUGGUCAUGGUCGAGAGCAACGACUUUAAGGGGACAGCACAGACCUCGUUCUUCUUACAGAUCUUGCAAGCAGUCAUGCCCAGUCUUGAGGUUUGCGCAGCAGAUCGCCCCGGCGAGGCCAUAGAACUUUCCAAACUAAUCAAGGUUCUACUCUUUAAAGUGUACGAGUCUCUGUCAAGCAACAAGGACAAAGGCAGUGCCGCACUUGGCAACCUGAUUGGCGACAAGCUGUACCAAGUGUUUCAGAUAUGUCUCCAAGCGAUCGGGAAGUGGGCUGGCAGUGCCGAGCUACGGUCGGUGUAUUACGAGAUCUGCUACCGAUACCUGACACGCCUAAGCGAUGGGGACUCCCUGAACCAGGAUCGAUCGAAGACCAUCAAAUCGAUUCAGAUGUACGGCGAGAGGCUAGUCAAUGUUAUUUGCGACGACGCAUACGGUGGUGAGCCUGCCUGUCAGACUGCCGCACUCAUCCUGCUUGGCACACUGGUCAAUCUAGACUCGGAGCAUAUCGUCGAUGCCCUCAACCGACUCAACUUCAUUGGUGUAUUCGUAGAUUCCCUACGCAACAUCAUGAACGAAUGGCACGAAGCGUUUACAGUUGGUCUCAAAGACCAGCAAAACUUCCAGAAUGCUCGCCUUGCUCUGCUGCAGCAACUGGCCCAAACACGGCCAGGAGCCAAGCACCUGCUGCAUGCCAACCUGUUGCGCACCCUCGAGACCUCAGGACUCUUUGCCGCCGACCCUGAACUUCAAGUUCGCAGCGACAACCCGAAUGCCUUGGAGCAGCACUACGAUCUUCUCAACAAGGUUGUCCGCGUGAUCAGCGCCGCCCUCGUCAGCAGAGGGAGCCACAACCUGGUGCAGGGACGCAAAUUCCUGACGGACCACCGCAUGCUCGUUGCCCACACUCUCAAGCGCAGCGCAGGUAUCGGCACAGUAGCUGAGAACAGCACGCUUUCCGUAAAGUUGGAGGAUCUAGCUGAUGGGCUCAUGGUGAUUAUUUCAGCAACAGGGUUUUUGGAGUUUGAGAACGAUUCGAUACCAGAACCUAAGCCUCAAAACGGCUCGCUCUUCCACUAA